CGGAAGUUAACUGUCAUAUGACUGAAAAGAAAAGCUAAAAUGUUGCUAAUCCGUGGAUGACAACUUUUACCAGAUGGUAAAUACAUUCUUAAAAACCCUGCACUAAAAAGAUUAUUGAUUUUUUUAUAAAGAGAUGGAGGAGAUAAGAAUGUCUCCUGAUUACAACUGGUUUCGAAGCUCAGUGCCUCUCAAAAGAAUUAUUGUGGACGAUGAUGACAGCAAAGUCUGGUCGCUGUAUGACGCCGGGCCGAAGAGCAUCAGGUGCCCCAUCGUCUUCCUUCCUCCUGUGAGCGGCACAGCUGAAGUUUUCUUCCAGCAAGUGUUGGCUCUUACUGGCUGGGGAUAUCGUGUCAUUUCGCUCCAGUACCCAGUCUAUUGGGAUCUUUUGGAAUUUUGUGAUGGAUUUAAGAAACUUCUAGACCACUUGCAACUAGACAAGGUGCACCUGUUUGGUGCUUCCCUGGGUGGAUUUCUUGCUCAGAAAUUUGCAGAAGUCACACACAAAUCACCUAGAGUACAUUCUCUGAUCCUUUGCAAUUCAUUCAGUGAUACGUCUAUUUUCAACCAAACAUGGACUGCUAACAGUUUCUGGUUGAUGCCAGCCUUUAUGCUUAAGAAGAUUGUUCUUGGGAACUUUGCUAAAGGACCUGUUGAUCCCAAAAUGGCAGAUGCUAUUGACUUUAUGGUGGACAGACUGGAGAGCCUGAACCAGAGUGAACUGGCAUCCCGGCUCACGCUGAACUGCCAAAACUCCUACAUCGAGCCUCAUAAAAUAAAGGAUGUUUCAGUCACCAUUAUGGAUGUAUUUGAUCAGAGUGCUCUUUCAAAUGAGGCAAAGGAGGAAAUGUAUAAACUGUACCCUAAUGCCCGGAGGGCUCACCUCAAAACUGGCGGCAACUUUCCCUACCUUUGUCGAAGCGCCGAAGUUAACCUUUACAUCCAAAUACACCUACGUCAGUUUCAUGGGACAAGAUACGCUGCAAUCAACCCCGCUAUGGUCAGUGCAGAGGAGCUUGAAGUCCAAAAGAGCAAUUUGAAUAACAUCAGAGAAAGUGAUGAUGAAUCAUAAGAAGACCCCAUUUCCCCCACUUUCCCAGACCCACAGCCUACACUGAGCCGAUUACAGAAGCUUUGACUCUUUGUCAGUCCUACAAAUCACAUGCCGGGGGAAAAAAAAAAAAUCUUUUGGCCUCACAUUUUUCUACAACGGAUUCAAUCAAAAUGACGAACUAAAAAGAGCCUAUUUUUGCUUUCCAGAAACAAUAUUUUGAUAUGUAUUAUGACUGUAAAUAAUUUAAGACUUGGGACAUGUUUCACAGGAUGCCAUUUUGAGCUGGUUGCCUUAUGCCUUGUAUUCAAAAGCUCUUGCCUCUUGUAUUUUCUUUGUUUUCUGCUUUUGUUUUAUUACUGUAACUCAUGCACUGAUUAAAGGUAGACCCUGCAAA